CACACACAUAGAAGUAAGGGGCAGCAGUCAAAGAGUGUAUAAAUUCUGCCCAACUGCCUUGAACCUGCUGCUUUUCCACGAAGAAGCAGAAGUGGGUUGCAAGUGAAGAGACUGAAGCACACAAGAGCAUAGUUCCUGCAGCUAAACUUCAGUGAACACAUACACCAAACACAGGAUAAUCUGGGCACUCUUCCAACACAGCCAUGGGUCAGGCCUUCUCUGAUACAGCUAAGAAAGAAGACAGUGGAGAUUUGGAGUCCAGCUUCACUGAUUAUUUUAAGAAGAUUAAGACAGAAAACAAAAUCAUUCCUCGGGAAACCAUCCGUUCAAUUGAGUUACACCUGACAAAAGGAGACAUUCGGGCGGCAAAGUCUGCAAUCACUGAUGCAUUAAAAAAUAUUGAUGACAUCCCAAUAAACAUUGCUGUGACAGGAGAGUCUGGAGCAGGGAAGUCCAGCUUCAUCAAUGCCCUGAGAGGGGUUGGGCAUGAAGAUAAAGGUGCAGCUAAAGUUGGAGUAGUAGAGACAACUAUGAAGAGAACUCCAUACAAACACCCCAAAAUUAAAACUUUGACUUUGUGGGACCUGCCUGGCAUUGGAACUAUGAAGUUUCCACCAAAAGAUUAUCUGGAGAAAGUGAAAUUCCAAGAGUAUGACUUCUUCGUUCUUCUUUCUGCCACACGUUUUACAAAACUUGAACUAGACCUUGCCAAAGCAAUCAGAUUUAUGAAAAAGAAUUACUACUUGGUGAGAACCAAGAUAGAUGUUGAUUUAGAAAAUGAAAAAAAAGACAAGCCACACACAUUUGACAGAAAGGAGAUCCUGCAGAAGAUGGAAAACUACUAUAUAAAUACCUUAAAGACAAAUGGCAUGGAUGCACCACAGAUUUUUUUCAUUUCUAAUAAUAAUUUAUCUGUCUGUGAUUUUCCACGCCUGAUGAAGACCCUGGUAAAGGAUCUUCCUAAUCAAAAGCGCCACAGUUUUGUGCUUUCCUUGUCUAAUAUUACAGAGGCAGCCAUUGACAGAAAGCACAAGUCUAUGCAGCAGUAUAUCUGGAUGGAGGCCUUCAAGUCUGGACUUCUGGCUACUCUUCCUGCAGUGGGCAUCCUCAGGGAUGAUGUGGAGAAGCUGAAGGUGAAGCUAAACCACUAUCGAGUCCUCUUUGGAGUGGAUGAUGAAUCCCUGGAAGUCAUGGCUAAGAAUUCCAAAGUACCUGUUGAACAAGUGAAAAAAAUCAUUAAAUCUCCUUAUUUGUUGGAAACUAAGAAAAUGGAAACUUUAGAGGGAAAGCUUUUGAAAUUUGCCUCAGCUUAUGGUGGGCUCCUUGCUACAGGUCUUUACUUUCGGAAAACCUUUUACCUUCAGCUUCUUUUCCUUGACACAGUGGCUGAAGAUGCCAAGGUUCUCCUCAGAGAGGCAUAUUCAAAACCUAGUUCAAACUCAACUCACCCACAGCUACUGACCAUGGAUAAGUGUUACUCUUAUCUCAUGUCCUUGACAGGAUUUGUUGUCAUUUGUUUUGUUUUGUUUUAUCUUGGCCUUUGGUAAUGGAAUAAGGUGUAAUCUUCAAAUAAUUUUUAAUAUUCAGAUUAUUUCAAUUUUACUAUAAAAAACACAGAUUUGUAAAUUUUUAAACAAAUAGUUAACUCAACAAUAGCCUUUUUAUUCAGUUAUUUGUGAGGCUAGAGCUCCAACUCAGGCUUUGUACGUGCUAGGCAAGCAUUUUGUCACUAAACUACACAUCUCAUCUUGUGAUAGCUUUAAGUUUUAAAUAAGACAAUAAAUCAAUAAUUUUACUAUUGUGGAAUUCUGAAUUCAUAUUAUUUAAUUGUCAUAUCUGUCCUAACAAAAAAUUAUAAAAUGUGGAUUACAUAUAUUCAUAAUUCGGACAGAUAAUAUAAAUGAAAUAGGUUCUUCAAUGUUCAACAUAAUCAUAUGUAGCAAAGCAAUAGUCACAUAUUUUUAAAUCCUUAAUAGUAAUCAGAACUAAUGUGACUCCCUUAAGGACAUUUGAAUUUUUUUCUUUUUUUAAUGCAUUUAUCUUAUUUAACUUACAGGUGCAUGUGGAGCCCAGAGGACAACUUGUCUAGUUCCACCAUGAGGGUUCAGGGCAUCUAACUCAGCAACUCAGACUUGUGGCCAGGACCUGCAGAGGCAUCUCAUACUCAAGCCAGGAUGAGCCUAGACAAGGCACUUUGCACAGAGUAAAUGCUUUGGCUCCUCAGAGGAUGCUGAGCUGACUGUGGAGUGCACAGGACCAGCAGGACUAGGUAGUCUUUUCUCUCAAGUGCAUAAAAGGAAGGAGGGACACAGAGCACCCCUCACUGAGAGGCAGACAUUAGUUAGGUCUGCAGCCCCUUAGAAGUUUUAAUUUGUAUAUCUCUGGUGGCCAACGAUGUUGCACAUUUUUUCAAAUGCUAACUAGACAUUUUUUUUCCUUUUUGAGAAUUCUCCAUUCAGUUCCAUAGCCCAUUUUUAUUAGUUUGUUUGUUAUCUUAGUAUUUACUUUUUAAAAAUACUUUAUACAUUCUAGCUAGUCCUCUAUCAGAUUUAUAACUGGCAUAGGUUUCUCCCAUUCUGUGGGGGUGUUUCUUCUUUGCUUGACAAUAGUCUAUUUAUACAAAAUGUUUUUAUUACACAAGGUCCCAUUUAUUGAUUAUUGCCAUUUGCUGAGAAUCAGAAUUUGAUCCAGACAGUCCUUGCCUAUUCCCCUGUCAUUAAGUGGACUCCCUGCUUUUCCUUAUAAAUUUGCAGUGUCCAGUCUUAUGUUGAGGUCCAUGGUCUACUUGGAGUAGAAUUUUUUAGUAGAUUCUGUUCAGAGUGAGAGACAAGAAUUUAAUUUUAUUGUCUUCCAUGUAUGUCUGGUUUCCCAGCACUGUGUGUUGAAGAUGUUCUUUUCUCCAAUUGAUUUUUCUUUUGUGUCUUUGUGGAAAAUCAGAUGAUUGUAGUUGUAUGUCCUUGUACCUGGGUCCUCUGCUCUAUAGCAUAGAUCUGUGAGUCUGCUUUUGUGUCAGUGCCAUGCUGUUUUUAUUACUAUGUCUCUGUAGUGUAACUUGAAAACAAGUUACAAGUAUCAAUACCUCCAACAAUAUGCUUUUUAUACAGGAUUGCUUUGGCUGUCAAGGCUUCCCUGUGCUUCCAUAGGAGUUGUAAGAUGUUUUUCUGUCUCUGUGAAGAAAGACAUUAGAAUUUUCAUUGGGAUUCCAUUGACUCUGUAGAUUGCUUCCAAUAAAAGUGCCAUUUUCACAAUA